AUGGCCUAUGACAUAUUCACCCUCGGAGUGCCGGAUGAAUGGCCUCUCCGCCUUCUACAUAUACCGUCGAUGACAUCCAUAGAACGACGAGAUGGUGACAUGUAUAGAGAAGACCAUCAGCCGCGAUAUGCCAUUAUUUCGUACACAUGGGGCCGGUACGAGCUUCCUGAUGGGCCUCGCAUCCAGAUAUUUGGAAUCGAUUGGCCAAUACCAGCGAUAGACCCGAAGCAUUUCACCGUAGGUGACCUCACUCACUUGUUGAAUCGAAUCGGUCAGAAUUACGAUUACAUCUGGAUCGACAUUGCCUGCAUCGAUCAGAAACGACAUGCAUUGAAAAUGAAGGAGAUCGGAAGGCAAGCUAGCAUAUUCAAGUGCGCCAGCCAAGCUUAUGUAUGGCUGAACAGUCAUCAAGUUGACGUUCUGGCUGAGAGCAUGCAGAAACUCCUACAAUGUGGUUGGGACGCGUCCAAUGAUGAAGACAAAGACGCUGCUCAGGUAGCCGAAGAGAUGAGCGGCGCACUGUCAGUGAUCCUGCAAGAUCGGUGGUUUUCAUCGCUGUGGACUCUACAAGAGUCUAUAUUACAACGUCACUCCUUGUUCCUGAACAAGAGAGGCGGACCUGUCGAGACUCAUGGUCCAUGGACUGGAGAAUCGUUGUGGACACAGGUCUUGGAUCUCUCUGGAGCUUGCAAGAUGGUGCGGGACUUUUUAGAUCGUGCGAUUGUGACGUUUCAUGGGUCUGAUGGCCCGUCGGAUUCGAAUGACUAUUUGCAUAAGCUACAACAGUUACGCACUGCUAUUGAUCACUCAGGCAUUGACUUCGAGCUUUGUCCCAACCCCAACAUUGCGUACGCAGCGGCUAGAUUUCGACAGACGACCCGUGCCGAGGAUCGUAUCUAUGCCAUCAUGCAGGUCUAUGGCUAUCAACUAGGCGAAUCAGCCCCUUCAAGUGCGCAAAGUUCCGAAGGUUUCGCUCUUGUAGACCUUGAGUUACAGUUCCUACAAGCCUUAAACGCUCAAUCUUGUCUCAUUAGCCAAGCCUUUCAGCAUCUUCACGUUCCCCAGCAAGGGCAAAGCUGGGCUUUUACUAACGCCAUUCGAGUACCCCAACGUCUGCAUACAAUAAUUGCGCAAGAGCAAUUUGUAUCUUCAGGCUCCUACGUCGUCAACAUUGUUCAGCGAGCUGAAGCCUAUUUCAUCGCAAAAUCCUGGUCUUUUAAAUUCGUUCUCGGUUUCCUUCAUCAACGUGCCCAAGGAUUCAUCGCUCAACUCGAAGAGCGUGUUGAUGUACCAUUAGAUCUCAAAGGCCGUGCUGCUUUCUUUGACCGCAGCCGCAUUCUCAAGGUUGCGAAACAAGGCAUCAUAGCUGAUGCAAGCGAUCAAUACGAUUGUGAGAGCAUCUCAAUCGAAUGGCCCCUAGAUACAACUGCAUACAACGAUCGAAAUGAACCUCUCAUUGAGUGCAGGACGCCUGAACUUCACACUGCGGCUUUGAAACUUCAGGGAAUCGGAGCUAGACUAAUCGGAGUUUUUGGCGAGGACAAGGUGAGGGUUCUGUAUCUAGGACGAACGAAGUACAUCGAGACCAUGGAGCUUGGUCUCAUCGUCGUGAGAGAGAAGCAGACCACGGGAAAAUUUCUCAGGUGGAAGAAGCAUGUCUGGCGGAGGAUCGGACUCUGCUUUUGGCAUUGGGACCGUUACGACGAUGUCGGAGACUUGGAGGCGAAUUUGGCGCCAAUGAAAGGAAGAUUCGGUUGA